UCGCAGUUUGGAUUCCCUUUCAUUUCCUUUCCUCUCCUCUCCUAAUCCAAACCCUCAAGGCUCAAACGCAGAGAUAGAUCCGACAAUGGCGGCUCAAACAUCACGGGAUGAGAGCGUCUACUUGGCGAAACUGGCCGAACAGGCCGAGCGCUACGAGGAGAUGGCCGAUCAUAUGAAUAACCUUGUUACCGUCGUUGCCGCUGGCGAGGAUCUCACCGUCGAGGAGCGGAACCUCUUGUCCGUGGCCUACAAGAACUUGGUCGGUGCUCGGCGCGCGUCGUGGCGGAUCGUCUCUUCGAUCGAGCAGAAGGAGGAGUCCCGCGGCAAUGCCAGCCACGUCGUCGCCAUCAGGGCGUACAGGGCGAAGAUCGAAAGCGAGCUCUCCUCUAUCUGCGGCGACGUUCUCGAUCUGCUCGAGAAGAAGCUUGUCCCCUCGGCCUCCGCCGCCGAGUCGAAGGUGUUUUACCUGAAGAUGAAGGGCGAUUACCACCGCUACCUCGCCGAGUUCAAGGCCGGGGACGGCCGCAAUGAAGCUGCCGAGAGUACGCUUUCCGAUUACAAGGCUGCUCAGGAUAUUGCAACUACUGAGCUUGCUCCAACUCAUCCUAUCCGUCUAGGAUUGGCUCUUAACUUCUCUGUGUUUUACUAUGAAAUUUUGAGCACUCCUGAUCGCGCUUGCGCUCUUGCAAAGCAGGCGUUUGACGAAGCAAUAGCAGAUCUGGAUACAUUGGGAGAGGAUUCCUACAAGGAUAGCACUCUGAUAAUGCAACUUCUUCGUGAUAAUCUCACUCUGUGGACAUCAGACAUUCAGGAUGAGGGAACGGAUGAAAUAAAGGAAGCACCUAAGCAUGAGGGUGACCAGUAGAAGUGAGAAACUUCACACCUGCGUAGGAGUAUUCUUUCCUAACUGAAGUUACUUGGUCCUAGUUUGAGUUUACCAUUUAUUCAUAGGGCUUAUUUCUUGUGCUCCGGAUUUAGGGGCUUUGCUUUGUACUUAGAUGAGCUUCCUACGGUGUCUGGUUAAGUUUUAGUUUGGAUGAUUAACUUGCAUCUCUUUCAAAUUCUUGUUAGCAUGUCGUGAAAAAGUAUUGCUCAAGCGAUUUCCAUCUUAUUGAUCGUUGGAGGGUUUUUGUGCCCUUGUAUUGAAACGAUGAAUAAGAUAAAUUUAUGUACUAAAUGAAUUUUUCUGCGAUAUAUCCUUAUAUUUCUUGU